UUGUGGUCUUCAGGUGCUAUCACCGGUCUUGCAGCUAGCUCGGAUGGAGAGUUAGCUUGCACGGUGGGAGAUGACAAAACCGCCAAAGUGUUCGAUGUAGUGAAUUUCGAUAUGAUCAGUAUGAUGAAAUUGGAUUUCAUCCCUGCCGGUUGCUGCUUUAUCUACUCUCCAAAAGACGAGGUAGCGGUCCUGGCUUUGUAA